AUGGCCAAUUCCAGCCUGCUUCUGGCAGUCGCUGUCGUCAUUGUCGUCCUGACUCUCGGGAUCCCUCGCUUCUUGGCAGAAUAUUUCCCAUGGCAGAGCCUGUACAAACAGCGCCAUGGCAGGCCUACCGUCAUCACCGAGUCGUAUAAAGGCAGGACUGUCCUCAUCACCGGCGCAAACGGCGCAUUCGGCUCGAGGGCUGCCAAAAUCGUUGCCCAUCGCGAUGUCGAGACGCUUGUUCUCGUCGACGUCAAGGAUUGUGGGGAAGUCAAGCAGCAGAUCGAGACCGAGCUCAGUGAAAAGAACAAGAGCAAGCCGAACAUUCUCGUUUGGCAAGCCGACUUGAUGACCUUUGCAGGCUGCCAGGAACUGGGCAAGAAGGCACGCGAGCUGAAGAACCUUGACCAUGUCUUGAUGACUGCCGGAAUUCUGUCCUUCCACCGCCGCGAGUCACCUGAGGGCUGGGAAACCUCGAUCCAAGUCAACUUCCUCUCCGGCGCCCUCAUCUCUCUCCUCCUUCUUCCACUGCUCAAAUCAUCCCCCACCAACCCGUCUCCUCCUGUUCUAACCUUUGUCACCACAUUCGGCAUCUACCCCUCCUCAUUCACCAUGGGUAUGCCCAAGAAUGGCUCGUAUCUCAAACGCCUCAGCAACAACAAGGACGGCAUGGAGCAAGCCCACCAAUAUGGUCGCUCGAAGGCCCUCCUUCUCUACUUCGCCCGUGAGCUCGCUGCCCGAGUUUCCGCCACGACUGCUGCGGACAAGGGCCUGCGCAAAGUGACCAUCAACAGCGCCGAUCCUGGUUCAGCAUGGACACCGCUCACGAAUCCCAACCAGGCGAAACUGAUUCCGAGGUUGAUCAUGAACUUUGGAGCGAGAGAUCCCCAAAUCUGUGCUACUGCGCUGAUCAAUGGUGUUUCGGCUUCCGAGGAAGGGCAUGGCAAGAUUAUGCAGGAUUUUGAUACUGCGCCGUAUCCGCCUUUCAUGGAGCGAAAGAGCGGCCGCAUCGCGCAGCAGCGUGUUUGGGACGAGACGAGAAGCGAGCUUCAGGGGAAAGUCCCAGAGGUUGAGGCUGUGUAUGAGAUGUUGGACAGAAAGUCGGACAUGUAG